UAGCAUAUCAAAGUUUCAACUCCAUUUCAGAACUAAUACCAAACCCUUUAAAUAACUCAUAUUUGUUCUAAUUAUUUAAAGUAGACAUAAGUAGACAUCUUAUCAUGAUAUGAAAAACUAUUUACUUCAAUUCGCGAAACCAAACAAUUAUCACGCUUCUAUUAGUAUGGCUUGGAGAAACAUUAUAUUUGAAAUUAAAUGAAAAACAGUAGUGUACGUUUUCAGUCGUAAAACCUUAUAUAGGUUUAUGGGCUACACGAACAUAUAUCACUGUAAAACAAAAAUUAUAUACAUAAUUACUCAACAACAGAUCCCAAAUUGGCCUUUGCUGUGCUAGUUUUGUUAGAGUGACAAAUUCAUGUGAGCGUGUGAACCAUUGUGGCAGAGUCAGAGCAAACCUCAAGCAAAAUGAACGGUGUCGAAAAAGUGCCUGAAGAAAUUUACAACCCCUUUCAACAUCGAAAAGUUGAAAAACCUAACUCAGAUAUAAGGUCAACAGCAAAUUUAAUAAAAGCAUCUCUAGGGUCGGGACUACUCGCUGGCCCGUUAGCUUUUGCAAAUGCAGGUUGGGGUGUAGGUAUAAUAGGCACAAUUAUAAUAGGAAUAAUUUGCGGACAUUGCAUCCAUAUAUUGGUAAAAACUUCAAGAGGUUGCUGUAUAAUAGAAAAGAAACCAUCUCUUGGCUACGCUGAAACGUGCAAAUCCGCCUUUCAAAAUGGACCGAAACAAUUCAGACGCUACGCAAACGUUGCAAGUGUGUUUGCGGAAUUCUCUCUCCUGUCGACAUAUGUGGGUGUUUGUUGUAUCUACACUGUACUAAUAUCUGACUCAGUCAAACAGUUAGUGGACCGCUACUUUCCAUAUUCAAUAAUGCCCGUUGAAUAUUAUUGUUUAAUAAUAUUAGUACCACUGUGCAUAUUAUGUCAAAUAAAAUACUUGAAAUGGUUAGCUGUAUUCUCUAUAUUAGCCAAUGUUUUAUUAGUGGCAACAUAUCUCGUAUGCCUUUACUACAUAUUCAAAGACAGCGUCACUUUCGCUGAUAAGAAAGCAAUCGGUAAUCCUGCAAGAUAUCCAGCUUUUAUAUCCACCGUAAUAUUUGCAAUGGAAGGCAUAGGCGUCGUUAUGCCUGUGGAAAAUGAAAUGAAAAAGCCGAAGAAUUUCCUCGGGUGUCCUAGUGUCCUGGUGGUAGCUAUGACUGUUAUAGUAUUCUUGUAUUCCACUUUGGGCCUUUUCGGCUACUUCAAAUAUGGGGACGUUCUUAGAGGUUCAAUUACCUUGAAUCUACCUAUAGAUGACUGGCCUGCGGUUUGCGCCAAAAUAUUUAUAGUGUUAAGCAUUUUUUUCACAUAUCCACUGCAAUUUUUCGUGGUAAUAGAUAUAUUUACAAAAUACACAGCGCCUUAUGUCAAAGAGAAAUAUGGCUUGACGAUACAAACCAUUGCUAGGACCGUCGGCGUUUGUUGCUGUGUUGGUAUCGGUAUUGCUUUACCACUUCUGGAGCAAAUCAUCAACAUCGUGGGAGCAUUCUUCUAUUCUAUUCUGGGUCUUAUAAUUCCUGGGAUCAUAGAAACCGUCUUCAGAUGGGACAAUCUUGGCAAAUACAACUGGAUCCUAUGGAAAAACGCAUUUAUCGUCACAUUUGGCCUGGGAAGUUUGAUAUCUGGUUGCACAGUUACUAUCAUGGAUAUCAUUGAAAUUUUACACAGUAAAACUGAAUAAAAAUAUCUUAACCAAUGCUACCUAAAUACUCAAGUAUUACAAGGUUACGAAAGAACAAAGACUUUUAUAAUUAUAAAGUAACUAAUUAAGAUAAGAUGCUAUUUAUAUAUUCAAAGUAGCACGGAUUAUAAUUUUAUAAACGAGUAUUAUACGCAAAUCAGAUG